CACCGUUCUUUUGCGUCGCGGAUAAAUCAAAUUUGAACUUUUGCAAAUUUGUGGUGUCCGUUUGUUGGAUCUCAAUAUGAGAAUUGACACGUACAAGAAAAUCGUUGCAAAAUUGAAACAUGUUCGACGCCGGGAUGAAUUACCAGAAUUAUGUAGUGAAUUUCCAAAUGUGAGUAUUGCUACUAUGGGUAGUAUAUAUUCACAAGAGAACCAGAAGAAACUACGGCGUACCCACCACUAUCAUUACAAUCCCAAACAGACAGCAGUAUACUACAAGAAGUUUCUGGCCGCUCGUGAUAGACAGGAAAAACAUAUCUUGUAUCGAAUGUCAGAAGAAGCAGAUUUUUCACCAUCGCAAUUAGCUAGAAUUGUUUUGGAAGAGCAUCUCAUGGUAACUCUCGACAAGGACCAUAUUCCAAAAGUAACUCUUUCUAAAUAUUUGAAAUCUCCUUUGACAAUUGAUGAUCACGUAUUGUCAGCUGAAGUAUUGGAAUGUAUAGCCGUCGACGAUCAUUACGGUCCCUUUACGGAUUGUAUCAAACAUGCUAUUGGCUACGAAUAUGAAUUCGAGUUGAAAAAAACCUUGGAAUCUCUCAGUCUACCUUACAUCGGCGAGGAGGUGAUGAGAGAGAAAGGUUAUGAUAAAACCCCUGACAUUAAGUUAGAGAUACCUAUUGCAGUGGACGGAUAUAUUGUUAACUGGAUCGAAAGUAAAGCAUCAUUUGGUGAUGAGUUUAACCAUGAGAUAUAUCUACGAGAACAGUACUGGAGCUACUGGAACCGAUUUGGAGCUGGUAUGGUUAUUUAUUGGUUUGGUUUUAUUGAUGAACUUGAUGUAAAUAAGGAAAAGGGAAUCAUUCUUAAAGAUAGCUUCCCACAAAAUAUUGUUUUCUUCGAUCCCACUGGUGACUAAAGAAGUACAAUGCUAAAACGAAUGAAGUUUGUGUACAAAACAAGGGCAUGCAGUGUACAAAGUCUGCUGCAUGUUGAACUAUUCAUGUACAGUAUAUCGUCUAGCUCCCUCUACAUUUUGAGAUCAAUCCCCCUGCGCAGAUAGCUUUACCUCCCAUCCCAUUUCAAUAAGUUCCGUCUUAAUAAUUAGCCUUGCAUGUAUGCAAGAAACCAUACCGUGCAUGUAUGUACAUAUACAUAGGCGGACAAUCCCCGUGCAAACGGAAAAAUUCUAACUUGGUGCUUCCUAAGUCCGACGUCCACCCAUAUAUAUAUAUAUAUAUAUGUGUGUGUACGUGUACAUUGUACAGUGGUUUUUUGGGGGUGGGGAGGUCGGUACUUUUUCACCUUUAAGGCCUCUCAAAGUGAAACAGUUUUAUCACCUUCAUUAGCUGGCUUAUAAAAUGAAAGUUUUCUGAACUGGAGGAUCACUUGAAUUAAUUUAUUCUCGCCUCUUUCCUGUCAGUUAUAUUAUCCACAGUUCUACUUUCAGUACACAUUUAUGCGUGUCCUGCUAGAGACCUACAGCAAAAUAAAAAAUAUUUUUUCUCACUUUGAAAAAACAACCGCACCUACGACUAAAUGAUUGUUCUCUAUUAACGAUAAAGCGAUCUCACGGGAAAAGAAAAAAUAAAUAAAUGAAACUAUUUGAGACAAGCACUUAGUAAAAUAGCAAACAGGAUCUCUGAUUGAACGUUCACUACUGGAUGGAUGGUGAAAACAUACUGUGGAUAAAACAGGCAGGUAAAUGAGGAGUGAAUUAUUUCAUAAUAAAGGUUUCCUACAUUUGCUCAAAAUUACAAAAUUGUAGGAGAAAAUGAACCACCCAAGUAUAUUAAAACGAGAGAUUGACAGCAUACAGAGAUAAUUAGUUUUUUAUUUUUUUUUUACAAUUGUUUCAUUUUCAGGAAAUCCUGGAAACGAAAUAGCCCUUCCUAUUUUAUGAACUGAAAAAAUUUUCUUUUCAGAAAACAGAACAAUAUAAUCUCCUGACAAUCUCUGUCUGAA